UUGGUAGGGCACGUAGACAAUCGACCGCUCCUUUGAUAAUUAACAGACAGGUGGACACAUUUCUCUCAUUUAUUACAAUCCUACCCUUCUAUAAUAUUCCAAAAAUUUCAGCACCUUUUCUUGUAGCCGGCACAAGAUCUUCGUGACUUGGGUUUUCUUGAAAUAUUAUUCUUGAGAUUUCAAGAUUCUUGAAGAACUCAAAAGGGGCAACUUUCCGAUGUGGGUUUGAUCUGUUUCAAAAUAAUAAGUGAAAAAGUGUAAAUCUUGAAGAGUUUAGAUGGGUGUAAUCAGUACUUUCUUGGGGUUUUCUGGGUUUGGAAUUGGGGUUUCUGCUGGCCUUGUGAUUGGUUAUUAUCUGUUCAUCUACUUCCAACCUACAGAUGUCAAGGAUCCGGUCAUUCGUCCGUUGGUCGAACGGGACUCCGAAACUCUGGAACGAAUGCUUCCCGAGAUACCAUUGUGGGUUAAGAACCCGGAUUUUGAUCGGGUUGAUUGGCUUAACAAGUUCAUCGAGUACAUGUGGCCUUAUCUUGACAAGGCAAUAUGCAAGACGGCAAAGGAGAUUGCAAAGCCCAUUAUUGCUGAACAAAUUCCAAAGUUCAAAAUUGAUUCAGUUGAGUUUGAGCAUCUUACCUUAGGGUCGUUGCCUCCUACUUUUCAAGGGAUGAAGGUCUACGUUACCGAUGAGAAGGAGUUGAUCAUGGAACCAUCCUUAAAAUGGGCUGGCAAUCCUAACGUUGCCGUUGUUGCUAAAUCAUUUGGUUUAAAAGCAACUGUUCAGGUGGUGGAUUUACAAGUCUUUGCUGCACCUCGUAUUACGCUAAAACCACUCGUUCCUAGCUUUCCUUGUUUCGCUAAAAUCUGCGUCUCUCUCAUGGAGAAGCCACAUGUUGAUUUUGGUCUCAAGCUGUUUGGGGCCGACCUUAUGUCGAUUCCUGGAUUGUAUAGGUUUGUCCAGGAACAAAUCAAAGAUCAAGUUGCCAACAUGUAUCUUUGGCCUAGAACUCUAGAAGUACAAAUAUUGGAUCCAUCCAAGGCCCUGAAGAAACCGGUUGGAAUCCUUCACGUUAAGGUUUUGAGGGCCAUGAAGUUGAAAAAGAAAGAUCUUUUAGGUGCUUCUGAUCCUUAUGUGAAAAUAAAGCUCACCGAAAGUAAGCUUCCGUCGAAGAAGACAACUGUGAAGCAUAAGAAUUUGAAUCCCGAAUGGAAUGAGGAGUUUAAUAUGGUUGUUAAAGAUCCCGAGUCACAAGCCGUAGAGUUACAAGUUUAUGAUUGGGAACAGGUCGGUAAACACGACAAGAUGGGAAUGAAUGUUGUUCCGCUAAAGGAACUUACACCUGAUGAGCCCAAAACUAUGACGCUCGAGCUAUUGAAAAACAUGGAUCCGAAUGAUGUUCAAAACGAGAAAUCAAGAGGCCAAAUUGUGGUCGAAUUGUUGUAUAAGCCUUUUAAGGAUGAAGAUAUGCCGACUUUCGAAGAUGCUGGUGCUGUUCAAAAGGCGUCUGAAGGAACACCGCCAGGUGGUGGUGAACUAGUGGUUAGAGUUCAUGAGGCUCAAGAUGUUGAAGGAAAACACCACACGAAUCCUUAUGUUAGGGUUCUUUUGAAGGGUGAGGAGAGAAAAACGAAGCAUAUAAAGAAGAACAGAGAUCCAAGAUGGGAUGAGGAGUUCAAGUUCAAACUGGAGGAGCCUCCUACGAAUGAUAGGUUGCAUGUGGAAGUGGCUAGCGCCUCAUCCAGGAUCGGGUUACUGCAUCCUAAGGAAUCAUUGGGGUAUGUGGACAUCCCUCUGGGGGAUGUUGUGCACAACAGAAGGAUCAAUGAGAAGUACCAUCUUAUUGACUCAAGGAAUGGGAAGAUCCAGAUUGAGCUGCAAUGGAGGACUGUGUCUUAAUGCCAUCUUUUUCGGUGACCGAGUGAGUUGAGACAUAUAUAGAGGCAUGAUUCAGUUCCAUCCCUUGCAUCAAAACAUUACUAUUUCUUGUUUGUUGUACAAAACAUGUGUACAUUAAAUAUUAAAAUGGUUUUCUUGGAUUGGUGGUUUUGUUCACCUUUUGUUGACUGAUUUCUUAUUGGAUGGGUGGUUGUGGAUUUGGAUGCUAAA